AUGAUGCACUGGACCCAGUUUGGGACCUUCUACCCAUUCUUCAGGCAGCACGCCCACAUCGACACCAAACAUCGGGAUCUCUGGCUGUUUGGGGAAGCGGCAGUGGACAGGAUGCACAGGGCCAUACAGUUACGCUACAUCCUGUUCCCCUACUUGUACACUCUGUUCAGAGUGGCCAACGUGUCUGGGACACCUGUCAUGCGCCCCAUGUGGUACGAGUUCCCCAACGAAGCCAACGCAUUCGACCUUGAGGAGCAGUUUCGCUUUGGCACAGCUAUCCUUGUCUGGCCUGUCGUCCAGACUGGGACUGAUUACAUCAACAUGUACCUGCCGCCUGGGUCAGUGCGGUAUGAACCUGAGGUGGGGGACGUUGUGAAGGCUCCGCCCUCAUCGGACAAAGCCACGCCCCUCAACGUGCAAGUUACCAUGGAUGGCAUCCCCUACUUCUACAGGGGGGCCCACAUCGCCCCAAAGAAGGAGCACCACCGACGCAGCACUUUGGCGAUGAAAGACGACUCAUUCACCCUAGUGGUGGCCCUUGAUGGAGACGGCUGCGCAAGGCGGGGAGCUGUACCUGGACAACGGCAGCAACUUCGAUUUUAG